AUGUUAGGAUUGCAGUAUUACUCUUACUAAUAUUAUUCUUAUUAGGACUUGUAACAAUUAAAAGAAAUACUUGCAUAUGAUUCAAUUGGUGAGAUCGAAUUUUAUGAAGAUGAGAAAGUUAUUGAAUACAAAAUAAAUAGAAAAAAUUGUAUACUGUUAAGCGAUUUAAUAGAAUUAAUAGUAAUUGUUAAGUUUUAUUUUUAGAAAAUUGGGUUUAUAAGAUUUCAUUUAGGAUAGUUACUAUAGCUUUUUAUUAAUUUAUUAGAGAAAGUGAAGGUCAUGCAUUUGAAAAAAAUAGAACACUUAUAUUUAAGUUUAGAUCGUAUUUGGUUGAAAUUAGAAAAUAAUCAAUAUCUCACUAUUUUAUAUAAACCAAUUAAGUAUGAUAUUGCUUUUACAGGAUAUAAAAAUAUAUUUCAUGAAAAUUUACCAAAAUAGGAAUGUGCUGACUCCGAAAAUAUACACAACAUUAUUUCAAACAUAAUCAACACUUUUAAAACUGAAAACAUUUUUUGUAAUAAAAAUGGCAGCUCAAAAAAUGAGAUUAUAAAUAAGAUUUAUAAUGUUAUUCUUAAAUCAUGCUAAAAGUAAAAUUUAUAAGAAACUAUUAAUACAAUUUAUUAGUUGCUUAAAAAUAAUUAAUUUAACCAUAUAUAAUAAACAAUUUAAUUUGAUGAUAAAUUAAAGUACUACUCAAAGAGAUAACAUUAACAAGGUAAAAUUAAGGAUAAAUUAUAAUUUUUGAUUACAAAAUAUGAUAAAAAUCCUUUACUUUUAGAUCUAUUUUUGUUUGAAAAAAUUAGUGAAAUGAGAUAAAACUUGAAGAAUUGGUAAAGCAGAGAUUUCAAUGAGAUUUAGGAAUAAAAAUAAUAUUAAACAUUAUUAUAAAAUUACGAAUAGAAACAGUAAUAAUUAUAAGAAGUUGCUUCUGAAAAUAUUAACACUUUGAUUGUUGGUUAUUAGAAAGUAAAAUUUGAACCUUAUUUUAAAUUUUAAAUGGAAUAGUCUUUAAUAAAAAACACAAUUGAAUAAAUAAUGAAAUCUAAAAUUUUUAAAUAUUUUGAAAAUUCCAAACAAAUAUAUAAUAGUAAUACUAAAGAUUUUCAAAAUUAUUUAGUAAUUAAUACUGCAAUUCCAAUCAUAAAUGAUUUAAUUGAUGAUUUUAUCAGACUCUAAUUUCUGAUGCUGAUAAAUGAUUUAAUUUGA